AUGAAAGAGGGCAAUCCAUUUGGUCCAUUUUGGGAUCAUUUUGGAGUGGAUUUUGACAGCUAUAUUGAACACAAAGGUCUUCUCUAUGGCACUGAUUUUGAACCUGUUAAGAAUGACUGGAAUACGAGGUACUGAGAAUUAAUAUUAGCCAAGGAUUGUUUAGAAAACUCAUUUCCAAUCUAUUUGGUAAUUUGUGUUCAUUUGAUGAACUGCUAGAUUAUAGUUUGCUAAUCACAUCUUUGUCUACAUCUAAACUACAUUUGUCACUGUUUGUAGUUUGCCUUAACCCAUUGAGUUGCAUUGUGCCCUACUUUAUCAUUUUACUCUGUCUAACACCAGGCAAUUUUACUUGUCAAGGAGAGUGCUGGCGUUUAAUGGAUUAACUGGCCUAUCUGCCCAUGUCUCUAGUAGUUAAUCCAUUGAGUCACAUUGCACCCUGAUGCACUCUACUUUAUUAUUUUACUCAUCAAGGGGAGAGCACUAGUGCUUAAUGGGUUAAACAGCUCCCAUCUGAAAUUCCACUUCAAUUUGUUUAAAUGUGUAUUCUGAAGGUUUCCAAGCGCGAAGUAUCCUGUAAUUGCAUUGAUGGGUGCACCUGGAGAUUUUCCAGUUCUGGAACGAAACAGAAGGCUGCAAAAGUAUCUACAAUGGUCAGAUGAAAUUAACAAAAUAUCUGAUGAAUUUAUUAAGAAUGUCUUGCCUGAAGGACCUUUUGUUGGUAUCCACUUGCGGACAGGUUCAGACUGGGUAAUAGAAAUGUUAUAUACAGUUAUAUCAAUACUGUUAUUUUAGUAAUUGUUGUAUGUUAGUACACAACAGAUAUUUCCCCAAUUUGAAUGCACAUACACACGAAGACAUGAUAUAUACGAUAAUAUUUUGAUUUACAAGAACAAGUCUGUAUAAUACAGAAUUUCAGUACUAAUGCCGCACGUAAUGUAAAAGAUGGGUUGACAUUACUAGUGUAAUGGUGAUAUUGAUGGUGGUGGUAGUGCCGUAGGUGGUGGUGAUGGUAGUCGUGAUAAUGCAGAUCAGCACAAAGCUGUAUAGGAACAAAUUCUGUGAUUGGUUUAUUAUAGAAAUGAAACACAAACUACCAGGGACGUCUCCACUGGGGGUGACUAACACCGACAUUUUUGAAGUUUGAAAAGUUGGUCAAAAUAGUUGUCAUGAUCACUUUUGAUCGCUUGUUGGUUUUUCAAAUUGGUUUACCUUGUUAACUAACUAUUGUAGUACUCAAAAGCGCAAAGUAUUUUGACUCGCGGGCUUUUCACCUUGUCUUAAGGUUACAGGACACCCUUUUUUGCGUUUUGCGGAAAAUCGCUACUGCGCGCUCAAUAUCAGUCCGAUUUUCAUCAAAUUUUCACCAAAUGUUCGCCAGUUGUAAAAUUAACAAACAAUAAAAUAAUAUAAGAAUUAUUCAGGAAAAUCUUAAAUCGCGGUACCGUUACGCUUUUGAGUUGUGCUCCUGCUGGUUUUAAGAUAUAUUUAUGAAAAUAUCAUUUUUAUACAGUAAAAUAGUUCUAAAAAAUUGUGUUCGGAAUUUUUUGUUUAUUUCGUACGACUGCAAUAUAUUUUUGAAUUGUUUGAGUGAAUUGCUCUUUAUUAUUAAAAUAUCCAAAAUUAAAAAAAAGCCGAACACAAUUUUGAAACUGACGUCUUUAGCUAUGUCCUGUGAAAAUUUGAGAAAAAUUGGUCAAAACCCGCAGGAGCACAACUCGUUUGAAAAUCAGUAAUUACCGUAAAAUUCUUCGGGAGAAAAUUGAAUUUGAAUAUUACAUUUUCAAUGUUUUUCUUAUUGCAGCGAAAUGUAUUUUAUUAAAUAACUCUGCGAGUUUUCAACAUUUUUCGUUCAAACUUGGUCAGAUAGUAGAACUAGUCUAAUGCUUUCAUGGAAACCAAUAAAAAAAAUUUAGGCAAAAUUAACACUCAAAGAUGUUCUGUAACCUUAACGACUUAAGCAUUUUAUAGUCUUUCCAUCACAAAUUUGAUGGAGUCAGCCCUUUGAAAAAUGAAAAGUUGGUCAAAUGUUUGACUUCGCGACGUCCUUGUAAGUUAUACAAUAUAUUUUCUGAAGAACGGUGGCCAAUUGCAAAACACGUCCAUUCUAGCUUCGACCAGUUCGUGCUUACUGUAUGAUGGUGGUAUUAAUUGGGUCAACAAUAAUGAGAAUAGUUUAAAACUGUCCCGGCUGGGACGACUUUCUGAGGCCUGACAGCUUAAUUUUUCUUUUCACCAUGUAGAAAAAUGCCUGCAAUCAUAUAGGAGAAGAUUCACAACGACUAUUUUCGUCGCCCCAAUGCACUGGCUACGACAAUGAAUACAAACUGACAACAGACAUGUGCUGGCCUUUAAAGAAAGCAAUCGCAAAAAAGACAAGAAACAUGGUGAAACAGUACAAGGCAAAUUCUGUGUUUAUUGCAACUGAUAAUGAUCCAUAUACCCCAGUUAUUGAAAAGGAAUUGAAAACAUUGAAACGGACG